AUGGCCAUUCAAGAUCUAUUCAAGCCACUGGCGAUGAAACGGGGUCCAACCUUGAAGAAUCGCUUGCUCCUCGCGCCGCUCACCAACUGGCAAAGUGAUGAUCAAAAUGGAAUCGCAUCAGAGUAUGACCUAAACUGGAUCACCAAUUGCGCCGCUGGUGGUCACUCCAUGGUCAUGACAUGCGCCAGCCAUGUGCAUCAAUUUGGGAAAACAUUCCCGGGGCAGCUGGGUGUGUACAGUGACGCACACAUCGAGGGACUCAGGUCAAUUGCGGAUAUCAUCCGAUCUCACGGUGGAAUCUCCUCGAUUCAGAUCCAGCAUGGUGGAGCGCGAGUUCAGCCAGCACGAGGGGGAACCCCAGUUGGACCGUCUUGUCUACCUGAAUAUCAUGCCCGAGGUCUAACGCUUGACGAAAUCCACAACCUUCGUCAAGAUUUUGUUGCCGCUGCGAAGCGAGCCGAGACGGCAGGGUUUGACGGCGUGGAAGUUCAUGGUGCAUUUGGCUGGAUCUUGAUGCAAUUUUUGUCGCCACGGUUCAAUAAACGCACCGACCACUACGGUGGCUCCUUUGAAAACAGAUCCAGGUUACUGUUCGAGGUCAUCGAUGACAUUCGAGCUGCCUGUCGACCGGAUUUCCAAAUUGGGUUGAGGCUGUCGCUAGAGACUCGCUACGAGAUCAAGUUAUCGGAAUUCCAGCAAGUUGCCGCACGUGCAUUCAAGGAAGAAGCCAUCGACUUCUUGGAUCUCGCGCUGGGUGACUACCGGAACAUUGCACAAGAGGCGCCGUUUGAAGGCGAGACAGUCCUUAGCAUUUUCACUGCUUUACCUCGGGGUGCAGUCUGUCUCGGUGCAUCGGGGCACAUAUUCAGUGCAUCUGAUGCUGCUUUUGUCCUUGAGGCUGGCUGUGAUUUUGCCAUGGUUGGUAGAGCUGCCAUCCUUGAUCCGAACUUCCCAAACAAUGUUCAAAAGCAUCCAAUGUAUAGUGCUCCCAGUUUUCCUGUCAGUGAGAGCGAUUUGAGGCAGACAGGUCUGAGUGAGAGGUUUAUCACAUAUAUGAGAACCUGGAGGGGCUUUAUUGCUCAGGAUAUGGAAUGA